UGUUAUUGGGAGAAGCUAUAAAGAGAUUGCAUUUUGGUCACCUAAGUUUGGAUUUUUUGAGGAGAUCAAUAAUACAAGUUCAAGAAAUGCCACGAUGGAUUUUUCCAGCUCAGUCGUUUGGCCAGGUAAUGCAAAAACGGUGCCAAAAGGAUGGGACUUUAGCUACGGAGAGAAAGCAUUAAAGAUUGGAGUUCCAACAACAGCAGCUUUCAAAGAAUUUGUAAGAGUGAACUACAAUCACACAGAUAGACCUCAUGUUUCUGGCUACUCCAUUAGCGUAUUUGAAGCAGUUGUAAGCAAUUUACCUUACUUCUUACCAUAUGAUUUCAUCCCCUUCAAUGGCUCGUAUGACGAUUUGCUCAAAAAAGUUUAUACCAAGGAGUUUGAUGGGGCAGCGGGAGAUUUUGGGAUAUUUGCUGACCGAUUUAAGUAUGUGGAUUUUUCGGAGCCAUAUUUGGAAAAUGCAGCAGUAAUGAUAGUGAAAGUGAAGCCACUGAAAUGGACAAAACUAUGGAUUUUCAUGAAAGCUUUCACUGCCAAAAUGUGGCUCAUUAUGCUUUCCAUGCAUGUUUUUGUAUCUUCUUCCAUUUGGCUCAUUGAACGUAAACAUAACGAUGCAUUGAAAGGAAUUGGUAACAUGUUAUGGUUCUCCGUUUCCGUCAUCUUUUACGUCCAUAGAGAACCAGUGAAAAACGGGUUGGCUCGAAUGGUGUUGGGGCCAUGGCUAUUUGCAAUUCUAAUAAUAACAGCAAGUUUCACAGCGAGUCUAUCGUCGAUGAUGACAAUCUCGAGGUCUCAACCCUGGUUUUUAGACAUUGAAACGCUAAAGCUGAAAAAUGCCACAGUGGGUUGCAACAAAAACUCAGUAAUGGUGAGAUUUUUGACACAAGUGUUGUUAAUUCCUCAAGAGAAAAUAAAGCAAAUACCAUCAGUGGAUAUGUUCCCAGAUGCGUUGGAAAAGGGAGAGAUCCAAGCGGCUUUCUUUUCGGGUGCCCAUGCUAAGGUGUUCCUUGCUAAACAUUGCAAACUUUACACCAAAGCUACCAUCUUCAAGCUCGUCGGCAUGGGUUUUGCUUUUCCGAAAGGGUCACCCCUGACGGUGGACAUAUCGGCGUCCAUCGCAGAGCUUAUAGAAAGAAGAGAAAUGCCAGACUUGGAGUCCACAUUACUAUCUACUUUCAACUGCUCUUUGAACGACAAUGACCCAGACGGCUCGGCUUUAGGACCUGAACCCUUCGCCGGUUUAUUCCUAAUUGCCGGUUCCAUUGCCUUAGGGGCUCUUGUAUUUACCGUUGGUCGUCUCAUCUUGCUCAAUUUGGGCUGGAUCAAACAAAACCCAACUAAACCCAAAUCCCAUUUCCCCAUUUAGACUUCCUAAUUAAGAC